AUUCAUACAUAAUCCGGUGCUCUUGGCCGGGUGGUUCUUUUUGGUAACCUCUUUCACACGUAGUGACCGUUUGUGAGACAUUAUUUUCCAUCCCUCGAAAUGGCGGAACAACGUGAAAGGACGUUCAUUAUGAUCAAACCAGAUGGAGUUCAACGCGGACUCGUCGGCACUAUAAUCGAGCGUUUUGAGAAGAAAGGCUUCAAGUUAGUAGCUCUCAAAUUCGUUUGGCCAUCAGAGGAAUUACUUAAAAAUCACUACAGUGACUUGGCUUCACGGCCCUUCUUCCCCGGUCUCGUCAAAUAUAUGAGCUCCGGACCUGUAGUUCCAAUGGUAUGGGAAGGUCUCAACGUGGUCAAGACUGGCCGUCAAAUGCUCGGAGCAACCAACCCAGCCGACUCUUUGCCCGGAACUAUUCGUGGGGACCUGUGCAUCCAGGUGGGCCGCAACAUAAUUCACGGAUCAGACAGUGUUGAAUCCGCCAACAAAGAAAUCGGUCUCUGGUUCACUGAAAAGGAACUUAUUGGCUGGACUCCCGCAGAUGAAAACUGGGUAUACGAGUAAAUAAUUAAACUGAUAUUUAUAAUUUAUCUGUAAUUCCAUUGUAACCAAUACGCAUUCGAGAU